AUGGCAGUAAACAAUCACACAACAGUGACCCAUUUCAUCCUCUUGGGACUGACAGCUCAACUAGAACUACAGUUCCCACUUUUUCUAAUGAUCCUACUAAUCUAUGUCAUCACUCUUGUGGGUAAUCUUGGAAUGAUUGGAUUGAUCAGAACUGACCUCCAACUUCACACACCUAUGUACUUCUUCCUCUUUAACUUGUCAAUUGUGGAUCUCUGUUAUUCUUCAGUUUUUGCUCCAAGGAUGCUGGUAAACUUCUUAGUGAAGAAUAAGACUAUUUCUUAUUCUGCAUGUAUUGUUCAGCACUUUUCAUUUGUUGUGUUUGUGACCACAGAGGGAUUCCUGCUAGCUGUCAUGGCCUAUGACCGUUAUGUAGCUAUUUGCAACCCACUACUUUACACCACACUUAUGCCCAAGAAAGUGUGCAUUUGGCUGGUAGCUGGAUCAUAUUUAGGGGGACUCUUUAAUUCAUUGAUACAUACUUGUGGCUUACUGAAGUUGUCAUUCUGUGGACCUAAUAUCAUCAACCAUUACUUCUGUGAUACAAACCCACUGUUGAAACUUACUUGCUCUGAUGACUAUAUCAAUGAGAUUAUGCUUGUAACCCUCUCUGGGAUCAUAGCUAUUUCCACACUUCUAAUUGUCAUAAUUUCCUAUCUCUACAUCAUCUUCUCAGUCCUGAGAAUGAGCUCCACAGGCAGGCACAAAGCCUUCUCCACCUGUGCCUCACAUCUGACAGCUGUAACCCUAUUCUAUGGGCCUGUGAGUUUAAGCCACAUACAGCCCAGUUCGAGAUACUCACUGGAACAAGAGAAAAUCUCUUCAGUAUGCUACACACUGAUCAUUCCCAUGCUAAAUCCACUGAUCUACAGUCUCAGGAACAAGGAGGUGAAAAAUGCACUUAGAAGGGUGUUUCUACGGAGCUUUGUAAAUAAAGUGUCUCUGUGGUCUUCCAGAAAAGAAGCGCCUCAAAUUAUUGGAACUGUCUAUAAACUAUAA